GGCUUGAUGGGAGUUUGUUUUGUCUAAGAGGAUGAAAGCAGCCUGGAAGACAGACAAAGGAAGAGUUAUACGAUGCUUGAAGCUGGUCUGUGGUGAGCAGCAGCAUACAGAGGUCACAAGGGAGAGUUACCAAGGCAACACCUGGUUUAUAUCAUGUUCACAGAUUUAAGGACAUUUCUCUUUUGUCACAUCCAAGCGUGAGAUUUGGGAGCAUACUAGUUAAUUGGAGCACAGGCAGAUCCAGGGAUCAGAGAGGAUGGGAGGUGGAGGUCAGCAGACUGAGCAGGGAGAACCAGUGAGCAGGAAGGGGACAGGUGUUUACACCUGGGAGGAGGUCCAGAAACACUGCAGCAGGAACGACCAGUGGCUGGUCAUCAACAGGAAGGUGUAUAACAUCACUCAGUGGGCCAGAAGGCAUCCGGGAGGGGCUCGGGUCAUCAGUCACUACGCUGGAGAGGAUGCUACGGAGCCUUUCAGUGCUUUUCAUCCAGACCUGAGGUUUGUACAGAAGUUUCUGAAGCCUCUGUUGGUUGGAGAGUUGGCAACGACAGAACCGAGCCAGGAUGGGACUAAAAAUGAAAAAAUCAUGGAAGAUUUUGAACAUUUAAGAGCUCAGGUGGAGAAGGAGGGUCUGUUUCAGUCCAAGCCUCUGUUCUUCUGCCUCCAACUGGGUCACAUCCUUCUGCUAGAGGUCCUCGCCUGGCUGAUGGUCUCCUACUGGGGGACGAGUUGGACUCUGACUCUACUUUCCUCCUUGUUUCUGGGAAUAGCUCAGUCACAGGCUGGAUGGUUGCAGCAUGACUUUGGUCACCUUUCCGUCUUCAAGAAGUCCAAGUGGAAUCAUCUGGUGCACAAGUUUGUUAUGGGGCAUAUAAAGGGAGCUUCAGCCAACUGGUGGAACCAUCGACAUUUCCAGCAUCACGCCAAACCAAAUGUCUUCAGGAAGGAUCCUGAUGUCAACAUGUUGCAUGUUUUUGUCCUUGGAAACACUCAACCUGUGGAGUACGGCACUAAAAAGAUCAAAUACCUGCCCUAUAAUCACCAACACCAAUACUUCUUUCUUGUCGGACCACCUCUGCUGAUGCCUUUCUACUUCCAGUUUGAGAUCAUGAGGGCCAUGUUUUCCCAGCGUGACUGGGUGGAUGUGGCUUGGUCCUUUUCGUACUACUUUCGCUUCUUCUGCUCUUAUUGUCCACUGUAUGGCUUCUUUGGCUCAUUGGCACUUUUGACCUUUGUCAGAUUUAUAGACAGUCAAUGUUUUGUGUGGGUGACUCAGAUGAACCACAUCCCAAUGGAGAUCGAGUAUGAGAAGCGCCAGGACUGGCUGACCAUGCAGUUGAAAGCUACAUGUAAUAUUGAGCAGUCGGCGUUCAACGACUGGUUCUGUGGACACCUCAACUUUCAAAUCGAACACCAUUUGUUUCCCACGAUGCCGCGCCACAACUACCACCUAGUGUCACAGAGGGUCCACGCUCUGUGUGAGAAGCAUGGAGUUUCAUACGAGAUGAAAAAUUUGUGGAGAGGCAUGACUGAUGUUGUCAGGUCACUGAAAACCUCGGGGGAUCUUUGGCUUGAUGCGUAUCUCCACAAAUGAUCAGCUGGACACCAAAAAUGUGAUAUCUCUCUUCACUUUCCAGCAAAGACUGAUCGUAUCUGUGAGAUUUUAUACUUCCAUGUUGGUUUUGAUUUCACAUUAGAAAGUCAAAAAGGAUGUAAGAGUGUUUUGAUCAACAGUAAGAUGAUUAUUUUUUGUUAAAUUCAGUGGAAUGCUAGAAUAUUUUUCAUUUUAAAUGUGAGGUGUGAACAACAAGCUAGAAAAACAAAAUUAAACGUGUUCAAAGUGUAUAAUGUUGAUUGAAUUACCCUCUGAGUAACGUUUUGUACUGCAGUGCUGCAUUUCUUUCAGGUUUUUAAUAAAUUGUUGACUGUUUGUGCACCUCUGGCUCUGUUGAUCUAGAUUUUAACAAAAUAAAGAACGUUUACCAAA